AUGGAGUUGAUUUCUCUUCCUCUAGUUCUCUUGCUGAUUUUAAACAUUCACUUUGGACAAGCUGAAGAAAUAACACCAACUCUGACUGUGAAGCCACAGACGUCUGUGUUCAUUGGAGACACAGUUACUCUGAUCUGUGAGAUUCAUCAGUCCACUGGAUGGGAGUUUAUCUUUAUCAUACCAUCAAACACUGCAUACCAUGAAUUCACGGAACCUAAAGAAGCUAAAACUAAAAUAAUCAGAUCUGUGCAAGUCUCUGAUGGAGGAGAGUACUGGUGCAGAGCCAGAAGAAAACAAAACCCUCAGAUUUACACGCAAGACAGUAAACCAAUAACAUUGACAGUACAGGAAAGACCAACACCUCAAGUGUCUGUUGACCCUGAUGAUCAUGUAUUCAGAGGAGAAACUGUCACUCUCACAUGUGUCAUCAAUGGAGGAGGAGUCAGCAGCUGGCAGUACAGCUGGAAUAAAGAUUCAUCAUCAUACACUGUCAGUAAACUCCCGAAUUACCAAAUCAGAUCUGUUACUGAGUCUGACGCAGGUAAAUACACCUGUGAAGGAACAGAGACCAAUCGAUCAAGAUACUCAGACAUCAGUAAUGCAGUUACACUGACAGUAUCAGAUAAACCACAGACAGUUUUAAGUGUUUCUCCACAGCAGUGGUUGACUGAAGGAGAUUCAGUGACUCUGAUGUGUGAGGUUAUAAAUUCAUCUACAGGCUGGACAUUCAGCUGGUUCACUGUACAGAUGAAUAGAGAUGUUGAUUAUGAGCUGGUGUCAAACAGCAGUGGAGGAUCUAAAGGCAUCUACACAGUGAGUUCAGUGACUGUGAAGCACACAGGAGUUUAUAUGUGCAGAGCAGAGAGAGGAGAUCCAGUCUAUCACACAGAGUACAGUAACACACAAACACUGUGGAUCACUGGUGUUUCUCCUUCAGUCUCUCUGAUCAUCAGACCCAACAGAUCUCAACACUUCUCAUCUGAAUCUCUCUCUCUGAGCUGUGAGGGUCACAGUAACUCUACUGGAUGGACAGUGAGAAAAUACACAAACAAAUUGGAAACUUGUUUAUCAUCAACCUAUGGAUCAGAAAUAGGAUGUACAAUCAGUUCUCUCGACACAUCUGAUACUGGAGUGUACUGGUGUCAGUCUGAAUCUGGAGAGAAACUUCAUCCUGUUAAUAUCUCAGUACACUACUAUGUGAUUCUGGACAGUCCUGUUAAUCCUGUGACUGAAGGAGAUAAUCUGACUCUACACUGUUUAUAUCGAUAUAAAAAUUACCCAAGAGCUGAAUAUGAAUUUUAUAAAGAUGGAUCAGUGGUGCAGAAUCAGACUACAGGAGACAUGAUGAUCAUCCCUACAGUCUCAAAGUCACAUGAGGGUUUCUACUACUGUAAACACCCAGAGAGAGGAGAGUCUCCAAAGAGCUGGAUCUCAGUUAGAAUUAGAGCUUCGAGUUCUGCAUCUCGUGGUCUGAUAGUUAGAGUGGGUGUUGGACUGAGCAUCAUGUUUUUGAUAAUUUUCUUGGUCCUCCUGUGGAUCUACAAAAACAGAAAAGGUAUGAACUCUCAGUCUCCCUCAGCUGUCAGUCCGCAGCAGAACAUCAGUCAGACAUCAGAGAAGAAACAAAGUGAAGAAGGUUACACUCCACUGCAGUCUGGAGAUGCUCAUAUUUAUGACUCAGUUGAUGUAACAAAUAAUGAAGACACAAGCACAGACACUGUAAGUGAAGCAGCUGAUAUCACCUAUGCUGAUAUUGAACUGAAACCUAAGAAAGAAGUGAAGACAAAAAAGAAGAAAGGAAAUACCAGUGAAGGUGAUGACACUGUUUACUCUAAAGUGAAGACGAGUGGAGAUAAAGGUGUUGUUUCUGGAUCUGAUGAUUUGACUUAUGCUCAGAUUAAAUAAAAGACGAGAAAGAGGAGAAAAAGACAGCAAUACAU